AUGGCGAGCAGCAAAUAUUAUGCUAUCAUUGCCGGCGUAGGAGCAGGCACAGGUCGCUCUGUAGCUCUCAAAUUCGCUAAGACAUAUCCUGUCGUUCUUCUCUCUCGAUCCCCAUCUAGCUACGAGUCCAUCGUGGAGGAGAUCAAUAAGUCAGGUGGUUCUGCUCACGGCUUCUCAGCCGACACCAGCUCCUCCACAGCUAUGACCGACACAUUCGCCAAGAUCAAGAAUGCCAUUGGUGAUGCGAAACUCGCUGCUGCUGUGUACAAUGUUGGCGGUAAACUAGUUCGAAAACCGUUUCUGGAGUUGUCGGCUGAGGAGUUUGCUGCGGGGUAUAAUGCCAAUGGCUUGGGACUCUUUAAUUUCGCCCAACAAGCGAUGCCACUCUUACUCCAAACAGUAGCAAGCAAGCCCGAGCACUCACCUACGCUGAUCCUCACAGGCGCAACCGCAUCACUGAAAGCAAGCGCCAACUUCGCAGCUUUUGCAACAGGAAAGUUCGCCAUGAGAGCUAUUGGGCAGACUUUGGCAAGGGAAUUCGGGCCACAAGGUGUGCAUGUGGCGCAUGUGAUCUUUGAUGGGGUGGUGGAUAUUCCGUCGAGUAAGAAUUUUCAGGUCAAUGAUGGGAAGCCGGAUGGGAAAAUCAAUAGUGAUGCUAUUGCAGAGAAUUAUUGGAAUUUGCAUACGCAGCAUCGAAGCGCGUGGACACAGGAGCUAGAUCUGAGGCCGUAUGUGGAGAAAUUUUAA